CACGCUCUAUGGAGGCGAGGGGCAGACUCGGGGCCCAGCUGAUAUGCGGCUGACUCGGAAGCGGCUCUGCUCUCUUCUGAUCGCCCUGUACUGCCUCUUCUCCCUCUACGCCGCUUACCACGUCUUUUUCGGGAGCCGCAGUCGGGUGCCCGCCGCGUCACCCCGGGGCCUCCGGAAGGGGGCGGCCCCUGCACGGGACAGGCGUGGCCGAGACCAGUCUACUUUGGAAAGUGAAGAAUGGAAUCCAUGGGAAAUAGAUGAGAAAAACGAGCAACAGCACAGGAUUAAAAAUAGCCUUCAAAUACUAAAUAAGUCAACAAAAGGAAAAACACACCUUCAUGUGCAGAUCUGGGGCAAAGCUGCCAUUGGUUUGUACCUGUGGGAGCAUAUUUUUGAAAGCUUACUUGAUCCCGCUGACAGGACUGCUCAGUGGAGAGAAGGAAAUUCAAUUUUAGGAAGAACCCACUUCAGCUUCAUCACUGGUCCAGCUGUAGCCCCAGGGUACUUCUCCUUUGAUGUGAACAAUGUGAUACUCGUUUUAAAUGGAAGAGAGAAAACAAAAGUCUUUUAUGCCACUCAGUGGUUACUCUAUGCUGAAAAGCUCGUGCAAACUAAAAAACUACAGCAUCUUGCAGUUGUUUUGCUUGGAAAUGAACAUUGUAAUAAUGAAUGGAUAAGCCAGUUCCUCAAAAGAAAUGGAGGUUCUGUUGAGCUCCUUUUCAUAGUAUAUGACAGCCCCUGGGUUAAUGAAGUGGAUAUUUUCCAGUGGCCUCUAGGAGUAGCAACAUAUAGGAAUUUUCCUGUAGUGGAAGCAAGUUGGUCAAUGUUGCAUGAUGAGAGACCAUACUUAUGUAGUUUCUUAGGAACUGUAUAUGAAAAUUCAUCCAGACAAGCAUUAAUGAAUAUAUUGAAACAAGAUGGGAAUGAUAAACUUUGCUGGGUUUCAGCAAGAGAACAGUGGCAGCCUCAGGAAACAAAUGAAAGCCUUAAGAAUUACCAAGAUGCUUUGCUUCAGAGUGAUCUCACAUUGUGCCCAGUAGGAGUAAACACAGAAUGUUACAGAAUAUAUGAAGCUUGCUCCUAUGGCUCUGUUCCUGUUGUAGAGGAUGUGAUGACACCCGGCAGUUGUGGGAACACAUCUAUUUACCCUUCUGCCCCUCUGCAAUUGCUCAAGUCCAUGGGUGCUCCUUUUAUCUUUAUUAAGAACUGGAAGGAACUUCCUGCUAUUUUAGAAAAAGAAAAGACUGUCCAUUUACAAGAAAAGAUUCAAAGAAGAAAAGUGUUACUUCAGUGGUAUCAACACUUUAAAAUAGAACUAAAAAUGAAGUUUACUAAUAUUAUAGAAAGUACAUUUUUAAUGAAUAAUAAAGAUUAACUUAAUUAUCUUUUGAACUAAGAUGUGAUUUUUUUAAAAACCAUUUUUAAUAUUGGGAG